AUGCUGACGGUAACGGUGGUGACCAGUGUAUCGCCGACCCUAGAGCUUAUCGGCACUGCCUUGGGCAAUAUGCUCGUGCUGUGGCUCGAGAAGCUUGAAGCUAUUCCGGGGGGGUCUGUGAUCGUGCGUUACAUCAAGAAGUCACAUCAAAAUGAUCCUGGACGUACCGUCUUUGAGUUUGCCCUCUUUUUAUUGUUGAUUUACUACAUUGUGGGUCUGCGAACUAAAGAGCUGAAGCUGGAUACCAUUUCUUUCUCUGAAAGAGAAAUUGACGACUUGGUUGCCGAAUGGAACCCCGAGCCUCUUGUCGAACCCGUUCUGAACUUAGAAAAAUGGCGACUCAAUGCAGUACCCGUGAUUCACGGUCACAAUGGCGCUCACGUACUGUUGUCACUGGGUGAAAUCGGCGUCGCCAAUUUGGCUACCAACGAUUUCUUGAACUUGAACGAGCUGGAGCUGAUCAAGGAUGCCGCUCGUGAAUGCAUUCGCAAUGUCGGUGUGGGUGCAUGUGGUCCACCCAAUUUUUACGGAACUCAAGACGUCCACGUGAGACUUGAAGAAGAUUUGGCGCAUUUCUUACAAACUGAGCAAGGGAUUUUGUAUGGUCAAGAUUUCGUUACGGCCGGGUCGGUUAUUCCGUCAUUUCUCAAGCGUGGUGACCUCUGUGUGGUCGACAUGGGUGUGUCGUUGGCCAUUCAGAAGGCGCUCAUUGUGCUGAGAGCUGAUAUCGAAUGGUAUAAUCAUAAUGACGUAAAGGAUUUGCGUCGGGUGCUCGAAGAGUUGAAGCCUGAAUUGGACCGCCACAAGAAAAUCAAGAGACGUUUCAUUAUCACCGAAGCUAUUUUUGCCAAUCUGGGUGACAUCGCAGAUUUGGCUAGUAUUGUGGAGCUCAAGAAAGAAUUCAAGUACCGUGUGUUCUUAGAUGAAUCACUUUCAAUUGGUGUACUCGGUAAGCUUGGCAGAGGUUUGCCCGAACAUUCGAAUGUCCCCAGGAGUGAUGUUGACAUUACCAUUGGUUCGAUGGCAAAUGCUUUCGCCUCUCUGGGUGGCUUUUGCGUUGGAGAAGCAGUGAUGGUGCACCAUCAACGUAUUCAGCUGGCAGCUUAUGUGUUUUCGGCAUCGUUGCCGCCAUACCUGGCAAAGGUUACUCUGCAAGCCAUCAAGGAAAUUUCUGAGAAUACCUUAGGAGAUGAACUGUCGCUUCUCAUCAAGCUCAGACGGCAUAUCAACACAGUGUAUACUCUGUUGCAAUCGUUACCGUCGCCAUUUUUUGAAGUGGUAUCGAAUCCCCAUUGUCCUGUAAUCCAUCUUGCCUUGAAUCCCGACUGGCGCCGUCAACUUAAUUUUCCAGAACUUUACGGGAAUGAUGUUUUCUUAAGGACCGGCAAGCAAGCCAAGUAUCUCAACUCAUUCAAUGAGUACUACAAUCUGGAACUGUACAUUUUGCAACGCGUGAUUGACUUAAUCCUUGGGAAAGCCAACGUUUUGGUUACCCGGUCCAAGCAAAUCUUGGAGCACGAAAAUUUGCCUGUGCACCCUCCUCAUUUACUCAUCCAUGUUAACAUCGGCGUCACCGACACUGAACUUGCUAAGUUGAUCAGAGCAGUCCCGGAAGCUUUUGCUGAAGUUUGUGAAUCUCUCAAAAGUGAAGCCGAUCUCUUUGUGUUGAAUGAUAAAAUCAUCGAGUACUAA